AUGUCUAGACGAAUUGGACCGCAGUAUCUCAGAAGUUUCAGUGUUGGUGCGAUUCCAUUUCUGAACGAUAGCAUGAGCUAUCGUGUGACCGAAGAUAAUCCCAACGACCUUCCCAAUGUGUACCAGCGUUCCACGUCCCGGGUGUCCACCAAUGGGAACUAUGAGAACAACCUUACGCUACCGUCGGCUACGCCAGUGUACUCCCGAAGCAAGAGUGACCUGAAUCUAGCCAGCAGCGAUACGGUGAGCAAUUCUCCAACCACUUCCAGUGGAUAUAUUGAUCCCCGGAAUUUAGAGUAUACGACGACUACGAUGGUCCCGCUGCAACGGCUGACGACGGAAAGUAUGCGAAGGGCUGCAUCGAUUCUGCCACCGAUCCCACCGAGAUCUUCCCGGGACUAUGAUAACAGGCUGGAUGGACUGGCUCAUCGUAGAGCCAAUUCCGAAUCCAAUAAUCAGUAUGACAUUUCAAAGAGCAUAGCCGAAUCGGCCAUGGACAUUUCCCUGUUGACAGCGAAUGCCAACCAACUAAGGCUUCUGAUAACCUACAACCAAGGCUCGCAAACCUACAUGGCUUGCAUAACGUUCAUCAUCAUGUCGCUGGUUCUGCAAAUGUUGGUUGCCGUCACCAUGAUUAUUGUUUCGUUGAUGAAACAAAAUCUUUUGGAAACAACCCGUCAGAAGCUGAAGAUCAUAACCUCGGUUGGAGUGGCGGUUAUUACGAUGAUUAAUAUCCUAGUGGCGUCGCUGGUGGUGGCGGAAACACCCGCAACGGUCAUUUCCGGCGGUGGUGGUACUUUUAUGAGGAUGGAAACUCUUCCGAACGUUGCUGCCAGUAGUACGACUGCGAUGCCAAUAACCAUGACCACUGGCAGCACUAUGGAAUCUAUGUUGGAAGCUGGCUUCAGUACCGUGGCCUCGAAUAUCCUAGCCAAUGUAACGGGAAUGCGAUGA